AUGCCUAAUUUCACAGAUGUGGCAGAAUUCAUUCUCCUGGGGCUGACCUGUCGUCAGGAGCUACGGGUCCUGUUUUUUGUGGUGUUCCUGAUAGUUUACUCGAUCACUCUGGUAGGAAACAUUGGUAUGAUCAUUUUGAUCAGGGUGAGUCCUCAGCUCCAGAGCCCUAUGUACUUUUUCCUAAGUCAUCUGUCUUUUGUAGAUGUAUGGUUCUCCUCCAAUGUCACCCCUAAAAUGCUGGAAAACUUAAUAUCUAAGACAAAAACCAUUUCCUACGUGGGAUGUUUGGUGCAGUGCUACUUUUUCAUUGCCCUUGUCCACGUGGAGGUUUAUAUCUUGGCAGUGAUGGCCUUUGACCGCUACAUGGCCAUCUGCAACCCUCUGCUUUACAGCAGUAAAAUGUCCAGGACCGUGUGCGUGCGGCUCAUCUCUGUGCCUUACGUCUAUGGAUUUUCUGUCAGUCUCAUCUGCACGCUGUGGACCUACGGCUUGUACUUCUGUGGGAACUUUGAAAUCAACCACUUCUACUGUGCAGACCCCCCUCUCAUCAAGAUCGCCUGCGGGGGGGUGCACAUCAAAGAGUACACGAUGAUAGUCAUUGCAGGAAUUAACUUCACCUAUUCCCUCUCGGUGGUCCUGGUCUCCUACACGCUCAUCGUAGUGGCUGUCUUGCGCAUGCGCUCCGCCGAGGGCCGGAGGAAGGCCUUCUCCACCUGCGGCUCCCACCUGACCGCUGUUUCCAUGUUUUACGGGACCCUCAUCUUCAUGUAUCUUAGGCGGCCCACCGAGGAGUCUGUGGAGCAGGGGAAAAUGGUGGCUGUGUUUUACACCACAGUGAUUCCCAUGCUGAAUCCCAUGAUCUAUAGUCUAAGAAACAAGGACGUGAAAGAGGCUGUCAACAAAGCCAUUGCCAAGGGGAACUUGGGCCGGUAA